AUGCUGCUACAUGUGCGCUGGCACGGCUUUGUGCUCGUGGUGGUUCGAGCCGGUCUGGUGCAAAUCUUGUCCAUUGACCCGCAAAACACCAAUUCAUGUCCUGCAGAUUGGCAACUCACAACUGAAGGCUCCGGGAACCAGGUUUGCGUCCGCUCUGGCUUCCCCUCCUCCUCGGUGCUGAUCGACUCCUAUGCUGCGAUGGUGGCGGAGAACAACAUCAAGGGCCGCAGGAUCUUCGAUCGGAUCACUGGAACAGGGCAGAUCUAUCAGAAGGGCUCCACUGAUGCCUUUGAGACAGGCACCCGCGAUGUCUCCAGCAUUGAUUCCAGUGACUAUGUGGAUGGCAUGUCCAUCACCAUGGGAACGCCGCGAAGUCACAUUUUCACCUUGGCCCUGGGCACCUCCUAUGACACUGCCCUGGGCACUGCUGGCAUGUGCCCCUGUGGCAGCGGGACGCAAAGCUUGCAGUGCGGAGGCGAUGCGGUGCCGGCCUUCCUCGCGGGCCAGGAGGUGAUCUGUGACUCGGGGACCUUGGGCUCCGCCAGCUUGGCGUGGGGCAGCCGCGUGGUGUCGAUCAACUUCGACGUGAGCCUCUCGGUGACCUCUGAGAGCUUCGAGGUGCGUCUCAUGUGCGACAGCGUGAGCUCUAAUGAAGAUGUGGGAAUCUUGGAGCUCUUCCUCAAUGUCGAUGAGAUAGAGGACACCACGGCGCCUGUGCUCAGCCUACUUGGAGCCACGACUCUCAAGGCGGAGAUUGGGAAGCCCUUUGUGGAUCCCUGGGCCACAUGUGUGGAUGAUCUGGACGGCGACCUUACAACGAAUAUCACCGUGGCGGGCUGGGUGAAUACCAGUCGUUUUGGCAGCACUCUGUUGGUUUAUAGCUGUGAAGACUCACGCGAGAAUUCGGCGAACGUCUCGCGGCUGGUGUUGGUGGUGGAUUCGGGCCUGCCGAGCAUCGAGCUGGUGGGGGAGGCAAGGCUUUGCCUGGAGGACGGCGUCAAUUACAUCGAGAGGGGUGCCAUUUGUGAAGAUGAGGUGGAUGGCAAAUCACCGGCCAAAAUCAGUGGUUCGGUGGAUGUGGACGUCUUGGGGGACCACUACGUGGACUAUUUCUGCGUGGACAGCGUGGGCAACAACUUCACGGUGCAGCGCCGCGUGACGGUGAUCUCCUCCGAGAUGCCUGGGGAUCUGCACAUGGCCAGCUUCAGUGCCACCGUGCGGGGCAGCACGGUGUCUUCUGCGCCGCAGGUACAUUUGGCCGACGUUGAUCCUCGUUCCGACUUUAGCUUCAACUGGUCGGAUGCCGUGGUUGCAGGCACCGAGGGCUGUCGAUUUAUCUCCAUCAGCACGGGCAGCACCUUUGUCCGGCGCUACGAGGGCGUUGAGGUGUUGAAUCAGUGGAAUCUGCUGGAUGGGGAGCAGCUGAGCUUGCCACAAGGCUCCAACACGGUGCUGGAGGCGGGACUCCAAGACCAGACCACCUAUGAGUUCUCCUUCGACGAACACUUGCUGAUUUCAAGCGGCAGGACAGGCGGCAGCGCGGAGCAGAGGCUCUUGAUCAGCACCGGGGACUACACUGGGCCGCGCGUCGUGCGCUCCGCGCCCCGCGCGUUCCAGAGCGCCUGGCCCUUGAGCGAGAGCCUGUCCAUCACCUUUGAUGAGCCCAUUUGGGCUUCUGGCAAUAGUAGCCGGAUGCGGAUCUCAGAGGAAGAGACCUUGGAGGAGGUGCCGUGUGAUGGCUCCACCUCUCCCAGAGGCUUUUGGAUCUCCGUGGCCGGCAGCGAGUUGAAGCUCGAAAUGGUCGCUACCUGGAGGGCCUGUGUGGAGGUCCAGGUGAGCGUCGACGCUGGCUGUUUGGUGGAUGCCUCCGCCAACCCCUCCGAGCCGCUUCAGCUCAUUUUCCUCAGCUCCUGUGUUUUGACCGUCAGCCCUGACAGAGAUCAAACUGGGGUGGCGAUCAAUAGCCCGGUGCUGUUUUCCUUUGCCGAGCCCAUUGAGUUCCAAGAGAAUGGCACAGGGAUCGCCGUGGAGAUUGUGGGGGAGAGAGAGGAGAUCUAUGGUCUGCAGGAUUGGCCUUUGGUGUACAUCUUGGGAUCCACCUUGACGCUGGACCUCGCCUGCGUCACGAAGUACUGCCGCAUCUUUUCCGCGCUGCCCAAUGCCACACUGCGAGACUUCUCUUCACUCGGUUUCUGCUCCAAUUUGCCGCCGCAAGAAUGCAAAGGAAAGCUGCACCGUGUGAGCCUUCGGGAUGGCCUACUCCUCCGCAACGGGAGCUGGCCUCCCAACGUCAAUGCCACCUGGGGAAGCCAUGACGUGCCAGCCCAAUUCAUCGAAGAUCCUUAUUACUUCACCCUCGAGCCUGCUGAUUACACCGCUCCGACCUUGCUGGUCAUGGAUGUGUCGGUGACGGCCACGGGAGUGGAUGUGAGGGUGCAGAUUGACGAGGACGGCUCCGUGGUCUGUGCAGCACUGAGCGAUGUGACUGGAGCUUGCACCGCUGACAUCGAGCUCUUGCAGGAGUAUAGCAACAGCAGCUGCAACGUGACGCGGAGCGACUGCAUCCACUGUGACCCCCCGAGCUUCGGGUGCAUCACCCGGAGCAGCAUGUGGGUGGACGACGGCUGCUCAGGGCGCUUUUGGCUGGAGGGUGCUGAGGUGGACUGUCAGAGCUCGGAGCUGGACACCACGAUCCACGACGCCGCCUUCGCCUCCGUGCUCUCCGUGGGCCACCGCCACGCCUGCGCGCUGCGGAAGGAGGACCGCGCGGCCGUCUGCUGGGGCAAAGCGGACUACAUCGAUCCGGUGACCUUCAGCGCGCCUGCGGGAAGCUUCAAGUCCAUCGCCGCGGGCUAUGUGCACACCUGCGCGGUGGAUGAGGCGACUGAGCUGAUCACCUGCUGGGGAAGCGAUCUGCAUGGCGAGACAGCCGGCCCAGGUGGAAUCUCAACCUUUGACUACGUCACCUCAGGCUAUCAAUUUUCCUGUGCAUUGAGAUCCAGCGACCACAAGGCAGAGUGCUGGGGAUUGGAUGAUUCUGGUCAAGCAUCUCCGCCGGAUGUGGCAUUCCUCACCAUCUCAGCUGGCUAUCGGCAUGUUUGUGGCAUUCAGUUGGCUGACUACCAGAUCCUAUGCUGGGGCUUGAACGACGUGGGCCAAUGCAGCCCCCCUUCUGGAGAGUUCCUCUCCCAGAGUGAUCGUGGCGAGCCUUUGCCCCAUGGCAGCCUCAGCUCUGGCUGGGCGCAUGGCUGUGCCGUGCGCAAGAGCGACCAGGGCAUCAGCUGCUGGGGCGACAACAGCAAUGGCCAGACAGAUGCGCCACAGGACGCUCGCUUCAUACAAGUGUCUGCAGGUCACUACCACACUUGCGGUUUGCAUCAGGUUCUUGCUGGACAAGGGCCAGGUUUGGUGAAGAAUGGCACCGUGCGCUGCUGGGGCCUCGACACCUUCGGCCAGAGCUCACCGUACUCGGCCACUUCCACUCCGUCCGUUGGGUUCGGAGGGAUCGCCCUGGAUGACGACUAUUCCUGUGGAUUGUGCUUUGAUGGGGUGGCCUACUGUUGGGGCAAGGACGACUUCGGCCAGGCGAGCCCACCGACCGACAGCUUCAGCAUCUUUGGUCUUCCGGAUGAGUUUGAGAAUGUCACUUGCCAAAGUGACAGCGCUGCCAGCAGUCAGCGCAUCAAGGGGAUCUCCGGAGCUCGAGAUGCCAGUGCCAGCGCGAGCCUGGUGUAUGAGAGCACCGUGGGCUAUGCGGAGGCUUUCUUAACUUUGACUGGCCUCUCUGAGGGUAGUACCUAUGGCAUCUACUGCACCGUGGAGGAUGACGAAGUCCCGGUGCCCAAUGUGCUGAGCAACAGCGUCAUCGCGGCAGUGGGGAGAGAAGUGACCAUGCCCGACAGGACUGCGCCCCAGUGGGUGGCCGUUCGGUCCGUUGCGCCGGCACACCGGGGAGCUGUUUGGCUGACGGUGGCCAGUGACGAGCCGGUCAAGGCCUAUUGCGUGGCAAGGCGUGAUGGCGAAGCUCCACCCACCCGGAGUGAGAUCCUGAAAUCUUCAUCCUUGGGCUAUGGUGUGUUGAACCUCACCAACUCCAUCCUGCUGGAGAACUUGGCCUUGGAUACCUCUUAUGACGCCUACUGCACCGUGCGGGACCUGGCAGGUAAUUGGGCAGCGGACCAGGUGCUGGCAGAGAGCAAGUUCGAUUUCCAUGUGGCACGUGACCUGGUUCCACCGCAGCUGCUGAGCACCGAGCCUUCUUCUGGGAGUACGGUGGUGUGCGAGGCGGAUGGCUUUGAGGCGGGAUGCAAGACCACCUUGAAGCUGAUUUUCGAUGAGGAUCUCCACCGUGGCGUGGGGAACUUGACGGCCGUGUGUUUGAACAACCCGGGGAUAUGUCUGGACCUCGACCUGCCCAUGGAGACUGAGACCAGCACGCAUGGAAGCUCCAGCAUCUUAUUCAAUGAGCUCACCGUUCACUUCACCACACCCUUGACGGAUGCCUCGAACUUCAAGGUCGUCAUUGACUCGGGGGCCUUGCGAGACAUGUCCGGAAACCCGGUGAGUUUGGAUGAGACCUGCGUAGAUUGGAUCCCUGCCACGGCCAAAGAUGCGCUGCCAGACGCCUGUCUUGGGACCUUCGCCUUCUGGACUCCCUCCUAA